AUGAAUAACGUCAACGACCUUUUCACCCAGAUCGUAUCAUGUAACGAUAAACUGGAAUUGCACAAGAUCCAAGUUGAACUUGACGAGAUAAGCAAAAAUUCAACAACACCCGAUCAACCUUCUUAUAUCCAGAAACUAACUACAGACAAGCUUAAAAUAUUGAAUAACCUUUUACAGUCGAAACAAAACCAGCUAAGCAAAAGGAGAUUUGAAUUCAAAGGAGAGCCAGUAGCACCCGUAUUGAAAUCGCUGGUGGCCAAUGACCAAAAUGUCGAUGACACAUCCAAAUCAAUACAAAAAAUCAACAACCAGAUUUUGGAAAUAUCACUGAAUGAACACAUGGUAGUUGAUUGUUUUAGCAAUUCUUACGUACAAACUACAAAUGAAAUUCCAUCAAUCCAUCUUAAAGGUGGCGACAGAUCAAUAUGUAAGUUAACAGUCCAGGGUCCAGUAUUCAUUCAUGAUGUUAGAAAUAGCAUACUAGUAUUGUCAUGCCACCAGGCGAGAUUACACAAUAUUCACAAUUCGUUAGUCAUCAUACAGUCUGUUCAAAAUAACCGAAUAAUUAUUGAAAAUUGCAAUCAAAUAAAGGUCAGCUCUGGAAUUGAAGUUGACGAUUUCAAUUUUCCAACAAAGGAAAUAAAGAAUCCCCAUUUUGAAGUUUUAAUGAGAGACGUAUCAGAUGAGGUGUUGAAUGGAGUGAGAAGAAUUGCACAAACAAGCGAUAUUGCAACAGUAAUUAAUAAGUACAUUGAUGUCUACCACUGA